UUCGCUCCCGGUCUGGCUCUCUCUCUUCUUCUCCUUGGACGUGCAUCUUAUUUUGUUCUCGAAGUGUUCUAUAAGCAUACGGUCACUCCUUGUCUAUCACGAUCCCAAGGGACGUUUCAGAUUGCAGUCUAUCGACAUGAGAGUCUUUUCUUCGACGUGCACUUUUGAUUAUUCCUGGGAAGAAGUUUCGGCGGCAAACUGGCGCAAAUAUUGUCCCUGGAAUGACAAGUCUACACAUGUCGUGGCAGUAGACACCCUAUCUCGGGCAGUCGAUGCUGAUACUGGAAUUCUGCGGACAGAGCGUCUGAUCACAUGUAACCAAUCAGUGCCGCAAUGGGUUCUUUCACUCUUUGGAGGCAGUGCUACGUCGCAUGUUUACGAAGUGUCCUACGUCGAUCCUGUCUCGAAAAAGGUCACGAUGUGUUCGACCAACCUUACAUGGUCCAACGUCUUGAACGUCAAGGAGACUGUUAUCUAUCAGCCGUCGCCGUCAAACCCUUCCUCAACUACCGAUUUCAACCAAGAGGCGAAGAUUACUGCCCUGUGUGGCGGAUGGCAGAAAAUAAAGAAUAAGGUAGAAGAAGCUAGCGUGGAGAGAUUCAGUCAGAACGCGAAGAAGGGCCGAGAAGGGUUUGAGGCUGUUCUUGAGAUGAGUCGCCGAGUUUUCAGUGAACAACGUGAACUCGAGAGCACUAAGCUUCAAUCCUAACUACAGCUGGGGCUUGGGGUCUUGGUCUAUCUUUUUCCGUCAUACGUUUUUGAGCGUUUGCAUUAACUGGCGUCCCUCUUUCCCGUCUUUCGCCUUCAUCCAUGUGUCUUAAUCGAAGCGUUUGUUUUUCUAUAUUCCCGAUGGAUCUUCCCUCUGCAAUUGGUCCGGACCGCAUCUGCUCGUGAUUGUCUUUUAAUGCCUUGCCUCAGCGCCUUUUGUUUCUGCUAUCACGCGCAACUUAUGAGACAUGUACAACCAAAAGUUAUAGACUUUUCUUUCGUUUUUAUCACCUGUCUCUUUUUCCGACGUCGUGUUCAUAUACCAUAAGUACUAUAUAUGCACCAAAAUAGAGG